ACAAUUGAAUUUUAUCCAUUGAGCUUCUUGUCUUCUCGUUCUGAUAAAGCCCGAAGAUUAGAUGCUACUUAUAGUAAACCAACUAAUCAAGGUGUCAAUCAACUCAAAUAUCAACAUUCCCUCAAACUCACUGCUAUGCAACUUAUAAAUAUUAAAUAUUUUGAAGUAAUUCUUGUUGACCUUAAUCAUAAAGUUAUUUAUCGUGAUCCAAAAAUUAAUUGA